AUGCAAGGAACGUCGAACGUCGAGAUCAGUAUAUUCCAAGCUACAGCGGCCGGCCACACAUCACACAACCAGGUAUUGAGUGCGAAUAAGGGCGUGCCUUCUCGGGGGAUAUGCACCCAUCUGGAGAGUCGGUGUCGGUGGGUGAAAGUUGGGUCUGAACCCAAACACACACAGCACACAGCACACAAAGAGUUACACUCCCCCAGUGCGAGCGAGUGGGUGGAAGGUAGGGAUAAUAAUAGUAACACGCACGUGCGGUGUGGUUGGGAGUCUGAAUCGAACCACAGGUCACACCACGAGACUAGGGCUCAGGGACCACGGAUAGACCGGAGUAUCCUGUUCUGCCAUGGGAAGGACUAG